UGGCGAAGAUUAUCCCCAAGUUAAUUAUCAUCUGCCAAGGUUGGACGAGGGGAAGCUUAAUAUAUAUAUUCAACACGGGAGCCUUUGUGGGCUAAUAAAUCUUUCUGUUGCCCAUCUGUUUGGAUUCUACCUAUACAUAUCUAGUUGUUUGUACUGAUCUCUGCGGGAACCCAAAAGUAAUUGCCAGGGAGUGUAGAACAUAUCUUGCAGCGUUGUAUUGCAUCUUGGCCGGGUCUUGGUGGUGCCAUCAUCUCAGCUCUUGGCUUUGUUUCUAACCAGAUAAGACUCAUCAAAACAGUAUAAAAUUUUUAGAUUGAGGGGAACUACAAAGAGCCAAAACCAUAUACCUGUGCAAAAGCUGAAAUGGGUGAUGCAGAUAAUGCCGUGCCUCCUUCUAAGAAGAGGGUUGCAGGCAAACAACUCUCUAGAGAUGAUGAUCCUGAUGCUGAGGAAGAGGUUUCUGGUCAAGAAACUGGAACUUUUCAGAGGGCCACUGAUGAGGUCCUUGCAAGCAGAAGAAUUGUUAAGGUUCGUCGCAACACAACAUCCUCCACUGGGGCCGCCAAUCCAUUUGCAGGCAUACGUUUGGUUCCCCCUACUGCACCUCCCUCUGUGGGUGAGUCUGUAGCUAAAACCUCUGAAACUACCCUGUAUGCAGGUGGUGAUGGACGAUCUCCAGUUGCCCAAGAGGAAGGGGCAUCUGAGGCUAAAGAUAACCAUAGUGAUGGCAAAAAUAAUAACGAGGUUAUGCCAGUUUCUGAGACAAAAGCAGCAGAUACAACUCUUACUGAGGUCAAGAGAGUAUGUGAGACAAAAUCAGCUGACGCUAAUUUGAGUGUGAAUAGUGGUGAAGUCAAAGGAAAGGAGGAAGAAGCCCAACUCGAACCAACAGAAGCUACUAAGGAGAAUGGAGAACAAAAUAAAAAGGGUGAAAGUGAAUCCCAACUUGAACCAACAGAAGCUACUAAGGAGAAUGGAGAACAAAAUAAAAAUGGUGAAAGUGAAUCAACAGAAAAAAACCUUGAGCAAUCUACUGAAGUUAAGGAAACCAACAAAGAGGACAGUGUCAAGGAAGUGCAUCAGCAAGAACCAUCUGCCGCAGUUAGUACGUUCCAACAGCUCUCCAGCACACAGAAUGCAUUUGCAGGUAUCUCAGGAACUGGUUUUUCUAGCACCUCGUUUUCAUUUGGAUUGCUCCCCAAAUCUGGAACUUCCAGUACAUCUUCUUUUGGCUCUGCAUUCAGCUCAGGCUCCUUAACUGGGAAGGGAGCUUUGUUUGAAACAAAGGCACCUGGUAGUGAUGGGCUAUCUUCUUCUAGUGCCACUAAUGGUGGUACCUCUAUUCGGCUAUUUGGAGCUCCAGCAUCAGAUAAUGUUUCUGGUAGUGUAAGUGGGUUGCCAGCUUUGCAGGAAGUGCCAGUAGAAACGGGUGAAGAGAAAGAGAAAGCAGUUUUUACAGCAGAUUCUGUCUUGUUUGAAUACAUCAGUGGGGCUUGGAAGGAACGAGGUAAGGGUGAACUUAAGGUUAAUCUUUCCACUGUAGAUACAGGAAAGGCAAGACUUGUGAUGAGGUCCAAGGGUAAUUACAGGCUGAUCCUUAAUGCAAACUUAUUCCCAGAUAUGAAGCUGGCCAACAUGGAUAAGCGAGGUAUUACUUUUGUUUGUGUGAACAGUGCUAGUGAAGCUAAGGAAAACCUUUCCAUGUUUGCACUGAAGUUUAGAGAUGGUUCCGUAGUUGAACAAUUCCGUGUAGUUGUAGAAGCAAAUAAAGGUAAAACAUCAGGUGAUUUGAAGACCCCUGAGAAUUCUCCCAAGUCAUCUGAAGUGUGAAGCUAUUGAUAGCAGAAUGUGACUUUGCAGUGGGAUAUGAGAGAAAUUUAGAUGCACUUGGUAGUGUCAAGGAUGAUGUGGUCUUAUGGUCUUUUUUGUUAGAUCCUCUAUAUCUUACAUUAAUUCUUGCGAGUCCUUCAAAUUAGAGCCAUCAUUCACUUAGUUUACUCAGGUUCUAGGCUGAAAUUAUGACCAUCCUUUCAUGGUUUGGAAUCUCUUUCGAGCGUGCAAAUGGUCUCUCAGCCGGUUCUAUGUGAAGCAGCCUUGACGACAAUAGAUGCAUCUGAAAGUAUUUUUUGCCACUGCUUUGUUUUUGAAGCGAGAGUACCACAUGAGGCCAUGUUAACCUUUUUAAUUUUUUAUUCAUUACUGUAUGAUGGGAGAUUCAUAUAGUAAUGUUUAUGCCUUAUGAAAUCAUCUCUUGUUGAAUUGGUUUUACUAUUAUUAGCUGAGAAUGGAUAUGCAAUGAAGUAAAACUAUGGUGUAUGGAAAGCUGGUGUUAAUUUAGAGUCAAGGGCAUUACUUUA